AAUAAUUUCAGCUAACAUUUCCUGAAAUACACGUCCAUACAUGGCAAGUGCUCUUAGUUUUAUUUUUAUCAGAAAGUGUCUUUAUUUCAUCUUUAUUUCUGAAGGAAAUCUUCUUGGGAUAUAGAGUCUGGGAAGCACAGGUUUCCUAGGGGGGUCCCCGAGAACUACCAGACCCAGGGCCACCCCUCCCACCCCUGCACCUUGGAGCCCACUGAACGCGUGGGGCAGGGGUCCGUGGCCGACCUGGGUGUUCCCAGCAGCCGGGGAGACAGCAUCCAUGGGGGAUGGUCUCUGAGCCGGCCCCUAGGUCACCCAUGCUCCAUAGGACUGGCGGCCAGGGGGUCUCAUGGGUCAGGCCAGGGGCUGGAGGUGGUGAGCAAAUGCACCUGGUCUGGGACACACAGCAUCAUGCAUGGACCCCUGGGUGCCCUCAGCACGAUUGCCAGGCCCUGCAGAGGGGAAGGUCAGCCCCUGCCCUGGGCUUGGGCCGCGCCUGUCAGGAUGAGACUGCCCCUCCAAGGCAGGGUUCCUGGGUCUGACAGGGAGCAGAGACUUCCGCCUUCCCAACUUCUUCCCCUGAGGCUAAGCGGGGCUUUAAAACUGUUUAAAACGGGGCACCACGGGUCACUGGCCACGCGCACUACCCGUGGGGAGGGGCCAUGACCUGGAGGCUCAGUGGGACACGCAGCUCCCUGUGUCCCCACGCCGCCCCGGGGAGCGGUCCCGCCUGCAGCCAGGGGCUCCCUGCAGCUGCAGAGAAAUCAGCAGCUAAUAGAGCUCUCCCGGGGCCCACCUGUUCCGAGACAUGGCCAGGGCCCUCUCCAGGCGCAGAGGCCCGCGGGAGGCCAGGCGAGGCCGGCACAGGCUGCUCAGUCAGCGGUCGGGGGUCGGGGGUCUUGGUCCCCUCCUGCUCCGCCCGCGCCCGCCGCUCUCCCUUGUCCCGCGGAGUGGGGGAGGGACAGCGCUGUCCCCGGAGGAUGCAGGCAGCGACUGCAAGGGGGUCAGCGCCUUCCUCUCCGGCAGGUUUUACCUCGUCAGUGGAGGGGUCCCCUUUAUCAUCUGUGGGGUCACGGCUGCCACGAACAUCAGGAAUUACGGGACAGAGGACGAGGACGCGGCGUACUGCUGGAUGGCCUGGGAGCCUAGCCUGGGCGCCUUCUACGGCCCGGCCGCCGUCAUUGCCCUGGUCACCUGCGUGUACUUCCUGGGCACCUACGUGCAGCUGCGGCGCCACCCAGGGCGCAGGUACAAGAUGCGUGCACAGCCCGAGGAGCAGCGGCGGCUGGCCACGCCCGAGGGCAGCCGUGGGAUCCCGCCCGGCACCCCACCCGCACGUGAUGCCCCUGGCGCCUCGGUGCUGCAGAACGAGCACUCGUUCCAGGCACAGCUGCGCGCUGCCGCCUUCACGCUGUUCCUGUUCACGGCCACGUGGGCCUUUGGGGCGCUGGCGGUGUCCCAGGGCCACUUCCUGGACAUGGUCUUCAGCUGCCUGUACGGCGCCUUCUGCGUGACACUGGGGCUCUUCGUGCUCAUCCACCACUGCGCCAAGCGCGAGGACGUGUGGCAGUGCUAGUGGGCAUGCUGCCCACCCUGCAGGGAUGCCCACUCCGCGCUCGAUGCCAACGGGGCCGCGCUGGGCCGUGCCGCCUGCCUGCAUUCGCCGGGCCUCGGCCAGCAACGGGGCUUCGCGCACCCACCGGGACCCUGCAAGAUGACCAACCUGCAGGCCGCACAGGGCCACGCCAGUUGUCUGUCCCCGGCCACCCCGUGCUGCGCCAAGAUGCACGGCGAGCCACUGAUGGCAGACGAGGCACACGUGCACGCGCAGGAGGAGGGUGCCUUCGGGCACGACCCCCACCUGCACGGAUGCCUUCAGGGCAGAACUAAGCCGCCCUACUUUAGCCGGCACCCAGCAGAGGAGCCCGAGUACGCUUACCACAUCCCGUCCAGCCUGUACGGCAGCCCCCGAAGCUCGCGCACAGACAGCCCCGCCAGCUCUCUGGAUGGCCCAGCAGGGGCACACACGCUGGCCUGCUGCGCCCAGGGUGACCCCUUCCCCAUGGUCAGCCAGCCUGAGGGCAGCGAUGGGAGCCCUGCCCUCUACAGCUGCCCCACGCGGCCGGGCAGGGAGGCAGCACUUGGGCCUGGUCACCUGGAGAUGCUGCGGAGGACACAGUCCCUGCCCUUUGGUGGCCCCAGCCAGAACGGGCUGCCCAAGGGUAACUUGCUAGAAGACCUGCCGUUUGGCACCGAUGGGACUGGCAACAUCCGAACAGGACCCUGGAAAAAUGAAACUACUGUGUAGGCGGAGCAGGGGACACAGUGUUCCUGGAGGAGCUUCAGAGCAGAGCGGGGGGCCCAUCUGCCACAUGAGGUCACUGGGGGCACCAAAGUGACCCCACCUUUCGGAAGCAGUUCACACCCCUGCCCCUUCCUUGUGAAAGACCUCAGCGGGGAAAAGCUCUGGGCCACGCCCACUCCUUUUAUCCCAGUUCCAUGUGCUGGUCCCUGCACAAGGUCAUCUGGUUUCUGUCCUGUGGCCUCCAGUCCUGGGGCGCCCCAGAGGCAGAGCAGGGGAUUCCAUCAAAGGACCCACCCAGACCCCAGCGUGGCCCUGCCCGAGAUGCUGUCCAUGGAGUCCUGGCUUCCCCUGGUGUGGCCAGGCGGGGCCAAGAACGCAGCAGGGGGCUGCCCUGACCUUUCCCAGUGUUCAAUGUGUGUGUCUUGCAUUCUACUCCGGGGUGGUGGUGGUGGCAGGUCUGUCCCCAGCAUUCUCACCCUGGGCAGAAUCCUUGGGACCCACUGCUGUCAUGUGUCUGAGCCACCCCUGCAGCUUCAUGGGACCCCUGCACACCUCUGCCCACUCAGUGUCCCCUGUCAACCCUGUCCUUGUCAUAGCCCCAGCCCUGCAGGGCUGAGAGCACCACGGAUGCUGCGGGCUGCAG